AUGUCUCGCAUUCAGAUCCCGCUCGACGUUAUUACGUCCCGCCUCAACUUGGGCGACCGCUUCCAGGGCCUCCGAUCUGGUCCUCUCAGCGGCCGCUUCUCCAACCUGCGACCUGUCAACGAGUUCCUCGACUUCAAGCGUCUCUCCAAGCCUAACAACUUUGUUGAGAUGCAGUCGCGAGUCAACUACAACCUGAGCCACUACUCCAGCAACUAUGCCGUUGUCUUUGUUAUGCUCAGCAUCUAUGCCCUCCUUACCAACUGGCUGUUGCUCUUUGACAUCAUCCUUGUGGUUGUGGGCAUGUGGUUCAUUGGAAAGCUUGACGGACAUGAUCUCGAAAUUGGCACUUUCCGUGCCUCGUGUUCGCAGCUUUACACUGCACUUGUUUGUGUCGCCGUGCCUCUGGGUCUGAUUGCUUCGCCUUUCUCGACCCUGCUCUGGCUCAUCGGCGCAUCUGGCGUGACCAUCCUCGGUCACGCUGCAUUUUUGGAUAAGCCCAUCGAUGAGGCUUUUUCCGGGGAGGCGGUCUAA